AUGUCCGACGAAUAUCACAGACCCGAUGCCAAAACUGUCUCCGAGUUGAAAGACAUGGCUAACAAACUGCGUAUCGACAGUAUCAAGGCAACUGACGCCAGUAAUUCAGGACAUCCAACAUCAUGCAGUUCAGCAGCUGAAAUCAUGUCUGUGCUGUUCUUCCACACAAUGAAAUACAAAGUCAGCUACCCACGAUGUCCAUCAAAUGACAGAUUUGUCUUGUCAAAGGGUCAUGCUGCUCCUAUCCUUUAUGCUGUGUGGGCAGAAGCUGGUCUCUUUUCCGUUGAUGAUCUUUUGAAUUUGCGUAAGAUCACGAGUGAUCUUGAAGGCCAUCCUACACCUCGUCUUAACUUUGUGGAUGUUGGAACUGGUUCCCUUGGCCAGGGUUUAAGUAUUGCUGCUGGUAUGGCUUAUACAGGAAAAUAUUUUGACAAGGCUUCCUAUCGUACUUAUUGCUUAGUUGGUGAUGGUGAGAGUGCUGAGGGGUCAAUCUGGGAAGCCAUGGCUUUUGCCAGUUUCUACAAAUUGGACAAUCUAGUGGCCAUCUUUGACAUCAACAGGCUUGGACAAAGUGAUCCUACCCCACUGCAACAUGAUAUGGAAACUUACAGGAAACGUGUUGAAGCAUUUGGGUGGAAUGCAUGUGUUGUAGAUGGCCAUAAUGUUGAGUCCUUGUGCAAAGCAUUCCAUCAAGCUGCUAAUAUGAAAAACAAGCCCACGUGUAUUUUGGCCAAGACCUUAAAGGGAAAAUACAUUCCAGGAGUUGAGGAUUUGGAUAAUUGGCAUGGUAAGCCAAUGGCUAAGCAAAGUGAACCUGCUCUGAAAGCUUUGAAUGCUUUACUUAGCCACCCAGAACCAUAUUCUUUGAAUAUCAAAGCUCCUGAUGCAGAAGUUCCUGAGAAUGAUAUUUCAAAUAUCAAACUUUCUGAACCGCCAUCUUAUGAGAUGGGACAGCAGGUUGCCACCCGACUAGCUUAUGGUACAGCUUUAGCUAAGAUAGGCAAAAACAAUAAACAUGUUGUUGCCAUGGAUGGGGACACCAAAAACUCUACUUUUUCCAAGACUUUCCAGACUGCUUUCCCUGAUCGCUUCAUUGAGUGUUACAUUGCUGAACAAAACUUGGUGGGUGUUGGUAUUGGCUGUGCUUGCCGUAAUCGCACAGUACCAUUUAUCAGUACAUUUGCCUGUUUCCUUAGCAGAGCUUUUGAUCAAAUUCGAAUGGGGGCCAUUUCUCAAACAAAUGCCAACUUCUGUGGCUCUCAUGCUGGGAUUUCUAUUGGUGAGGAUGGUCCUUCUCAAAUGGCAUUGGAAGAUAUUGCCAUGUUCCGUAGCGUUCCAGGAUCUACAGUCUUCUAUCCAAGUGAUGCUGUCUCUUGUGAGAGAGCUGUAGAACUUGCUGCUAACAAAAAAGGAAUUUGCUUUAUCAGAACGAGCCGACCAAACACUCCAGUUAUUUACAAGAAUGAUGAGGACUUACAAAUUGGACUGGCCAAGAUUAUUCGUCAGAGCAGCAGUGACAAAGUGACUGUGAUUGGUGCCUGUGUGACUCUUGUGGAAGCCUUGAAGGCUGCUGACAAACUUGCUGAAGAAGGUGUGAAUAUUUGUGUUAUUGAUCCAUUUACCAUCAAACCCAUUGAUGGGAAGACCAUUUAUGAUGCGGCUUGCAAGACUGAUGGCAAAAUUAUUACCGUUGAAGACCAUUAUCCACAAGGUGGCCUUGGUGAAGCGGUGAGCAGCUGCCUGUCCAAAUAUAGCAAUAUCACUAUAAAACAUCUAGCAGUCAAUGAAGUACCUCGAAGUGGAAAAUGUGCUGAACUGAUGGAGAAAUAUGGUAUCAGUGCCAAUUGCAUUGUAAAAGCUGUGCACCAAAUGUUGUCUCAGUGA